AUGUUCAAACUAUACGCAUUGCUCAUAUUAAUCUUCCAAAUUUCUGUUGUAUUCUCAAAAAUCAAAAUAAUAAUUCCGGAAGAAGAAGCGCAACGUAAUGUGUUCACCUUGUACGAAAAUGUGUAUAUAAAUCAAUCUACAGUAGCUCUGCCAAAUUUGGACCGAAUUAUCAGAAAUUUUCAAAGUGUCUAUAUUUCUGGUGAUAUUAAAAUAUCUCAAAGGGAAUUAUCGAUUUUUUUCGAAAAUAUCGAAACUUUUGAAGGAGAAAUUGUGGUGGAUUCGACGAAUUUGAAAAGUUUAUCGUUUUUUAAGCCAUAUUUUGUGAAUGGAGAUUUAGAUACGCAUAGUAAGUUGAAUUUUUCGCGCUGAAAACGCUGGAAUUGCUCAUUUUAAGCAUUUCCAGCGUUUUCAGCUCGAAAAAUUGAUCUAGAAACUUUUUUUUUUGUGGUCAAAAGGAAUUUCCACUAUUUUCAGGGGGGUCACAUAUUUUUCGAAAAAAUAUAUUUAGAUCAAAUUUUGCGCUGAUAACGCUGGAAAUGCUUAAAAUGAGCAAUUCCAGCGUUUUCAGCAUGAAAAAUUGAUCUAGGAAUUUUUUUUGGAGAUUUUUUGUGGUCAAAAGGAAUUUCCACUAUUUUCAGGGGGGUCUCAUAUUUUUUUUGCAAAAAAUUUUUCUAGAUCAAUUUUUCAUGCUGAAAACGUUGGAAUCACUCAGAAUGAGCAAUUCCAGCAUUUUCAGCUCGAAAAAUUGAUCAGGAAACUUUUUAUUUGAGGUCAGAAAGAAUUUCCAUUAUUUUCAAGGGGGGUCACAUAUUUUUAUAGAAAACAUUUCUAGAUCAAUUUUUCAUGCUGAAAACGUUGGAAUCACUUAGAAUGAGCAAUUCCAGCAUUUUCAGCACAAAAAAAUCGAUAUUUCCAGUUGGAAUAACAAUCACAAACAAUGCAAAUCUCACCGAAAUAGGCAUCGAUUUCGAGUCGUGCCGAUUUUGUUACCAGAAAAUCCGCAUCGAAAACAAUGCGCAGCUGGAUUUACGCGACGAAUGCGACAAUAUCAUUGCGCACUACGGUACAUUGCGACAAAUUUCGGACAAUGUUUAUGAUUGUGGUUGUGAGCUGAAGAAUAAUCAGAAGUUGUCCGUUUUUAUUGAGAAGAAGCUGAAAUUGAAUCCGGCGUGUGAUUGGAUUUUUGGAAAUAUUUCGAUUGAUUCGAGCUAUGAUUAUGAGUAUUUGAGUGGGUGGAGAGGGGACGCGGAAGGUGGCGGAAGCAUGCGGAAGCUUGCGGUUCACACUCGCAAAAAUCCACGUGGCAAAUUUCUUGAGCCUUAGCCUAAUUAGGCCAUAUAAGGACCUACCUAAGCCUAAGGUCCUGCCUAAGACUAAGGCCCUACCUAAGCCUGAGAUCCUGUCUAAGCCUAAGGCCCUGUCUAAGCCCCUUUAAGGCCUAUCUAACAAGCCUAAAAGCCCCCAAUUUUCAGCAGAAAAUCUGAAAAACAUCACCAGACUAACCGGCGGCUUAUCGAUUAUUUCCACGUCAUUUCCGGACUUCAAAUUCCUCCAAAACCUAAAAAUCAUCGAAAAUCCGCAAACGUCGGAUUUUGUGCCAACAAUAGUCAUCAAAAACAACACGGCACUCAAAACAUUGGGAUUUAACGUAACUCGAAAAGGUGUGAACCUGGUGAUUUCCGCAAAUCCGCUUCUUCAAUUGGCGGACGCGGAAUUGGUCGGCAUGUUUGCGGAAGAGUGUCCGGAUUCGGAUUUGGAUGGAUUUGAGAUAACUUUUGGGUCGGGAAUCGAGAGAGCUGAAAAUGGGAUUUGUAGAGUUCCGGAUGAUGGAAGUUUUGAGGUAAGUGAGUUGCGCUAUGCUGCCACGUGGCAAAUAUUUUCGCGCUGAGAAAUGCUUUGACUGCGUACCUUAUGUUGUUGUUUACAUUGGAUACUCAGUCAAGAGUUGUUUUCACUCAACAUUUAACUGUGUACCUACCAUUCACGUGGCAAAUUUGAAUUUCGAAAAUUCUCUAGCCUCUCUGCGUCUCUAACCCUUUAGCCUCUCUGAGUCUCUACAAAUCCAAUGUGCUCUAGUUGUCUGGCUUCUCUGCACUCUCUCCAUUCUCUAUACUCUCUAGCUGUCUCGCGCGAAGCGCCCCGGAAUCUACCGCGAAGCGGCUCGAGCGGAGCGAGUGUACCUCCAUCUGCGUCUCUAACUCUCUAGCCUCUCUGUGUCUCUUCAAGUUCUAUGCACCCUAGUUGUCUAGCUCCUCUGCGUCUCUAACUUUUCAAUGUUCUUUAGCUAUCUGACCGUUUUUUACCUAGAGCCAGUUUAGUUCCCUCUACGUCUCUAACUCUCUCAAAUCCUAUACUCUCUAGCAAUCUUCCCCGUAAGCGGCUCGAGCGGAGCGAGUGUAUGUUCCUCUGCGUUCCUAGCUUUUCUGUGUCUCUAGUCAUCUAGUACCUCUCUGCGUCUCUAACCUCAAAUUCUUGCAGACCCUCCCCGAUGGCUGUGUUUACCUCAUCGGCAACCUCAUAAUCCAAAACGCCUUCAACUUCGAAAAAUCCUACAAACUCCACAAAAUCGAAUCAAUCUUCGGAAGUCUCACCAUCAAAAACACCAACAUCCGUCGUCUCACUUUCGCUCCAAAUCUCCGCAACAUCUUCUCCACCCGCCAAAAUCAAACACCAAUCGAAGUCUCAAAUAACACCGAGUACUGUCAUGCCAUCUAUUUCCAGCAAUUCGGUCAGAUUCAGAGUUCUCAGAAGGUCGUGUGGAGAGAUAAUCCGAAGCUGAUCAUUGAUGAAUUCUCGUGCUCCGCCUGGUUUUCGUCACGUGGCGGAGCACCGAUUAUUGAGGGAAAUCGAGUGAAUUGUGAGCAACACGAUCUGACACAUAUUCUCAAUCUCAAUGUCGAUUUCUUCGAAGGCGCUCCGAAGUUCCAGGAUUCACCGUACUCUAAUCAAAUGCCAGUAUUAGAUGGAGAUUAUUUUCCUGGAAGAAAUCAAAAUUCUGAAGAUGAAGAUGAGGCUACAGAAAUUACGGUAACUCAGGAAAACCUGGGGACCAUUGGAAAUUGCAUGUUAAUGUUUGUGCAGUUUUUAAUCAUUUUUAUUUUUGAUUUUUGAUUUCUAAAAUAAAAUUUUGUCUAACAAAAAGUUUUCCGUUAAAAAAUUCAAAAAAAUUUUUUUUGUUCAAUUCUCAAAAUUGUUGAGGUACAGUACACUUUGCAGUUCGGAAUUAACAGUCAAAGUAGCUCUUACAGUUCGCCUACAGUACUUCUUGCAGUCUGGAACCUAUUGUACCUUCAAGUUAAGCUACCCCCUUUUUGACUAUCUAAUUUUGACCCCAGAAAAUUUCUAGAUCAACUUUUCGCGCUGAAAAUGCUGGAAUUGCUCAUUUUAAGCAAUUCCAGCGUUUUCAGCAAGAAAAAUUGAUCUAGAAACUUUCAGCCUAAAGAUUUUGUGGUCAGAAGGCCCAAAUACCAUUUUCAGGGGGGUGGUCACAUAUUUUUUUGAAAAAUAUUUCUAGAUCAAUUUUUCGUGCUGAAAAUGCUGGAACUGCUCAUUUCAAGCAAUUCUAGCGUUUUCAGCAUGAAAAAUUGAUCUAGAAAUUCUCAUCCUGAAGAUUUUGUGGUCAAAGGUUCAACCACUAUUUUCAGGGGGGUCACAUAUUCUUGCAAAAAAUAUUUCUAGAUCAAUUUUUCGCGCUGAAAAUGCUGGAAUUGCUCAUAUUAAGCAAUUCCAGCAUUUUCAGCACGAAAAAUUGAUCUAUAGGUUUUUCUGUCUAGAACAUUUCAUAUUGUUCAAAAAUCAAAACAUUAUCAUAAUCUUCUCAAAACUUAUAAAUACAACGUGGUCAAACAUUCAAAAAAUUGUGAUUUUUUUGAAAUUUACGCUAGCUUCCGCGAAGCGCCCCGGAAUCUUCCGCGUAAGCGGCACGAGCGGAGCGAGUGUAGUUCCCUCUGCGUCUCUAGCCGUCUAGCUUCUCUGCACUCUCUCAAAACCCUAGGCUCUCUAGCAAUCUCGCGCGAAGCGCCCCGGAAUUUUCCGCGUAAGCGGUCCGAGCGGAGCGAGUGUAUCUCCCUCAGCGUCUGCGGUAGCUAAGCGGAAGCCCGCGCUAAAAUCACCCCACCUCACCAAAACCACAGAACAAAAAAAUAACAAAAAAUAAAACUUCUUCUUCUCUCCACGUUGGUCUCACAUGGUCUUACGAUCAUUAGGUUCAAAACGAAAAUAUUUUCGGUUUUUUUUCUUCGCGCAGAAGAUUUUGUUGUGUUCUAUGGAUGAUUGAUGCGUUUGAUCGAAAACGUGAUCGCCACAUUUUUCUUCGUUUUGUUCGUUGGUUUCUUGCAAAGUGCCUAGAAACUAUGUUUGGUCUAGUUGGUUUUAGGCGAGAGUGCAGAGAAGCUAGAGGGUUAGGGACGAAGAUGGACAUACACUCGCUUCGCUCGAGCCGCUACGCGGAAUAUUCCGGGGCGCUUUGCGCAAGCUUGCUAGAGAGCAGAGAAGCUAGACAACUAGAAAGCAGAGGACUUGUAGAGACGCAGAGAGGCUAGAGAGUUAGCGACGUAGAGGAAUCUAGGCUGGACUUUCGUAUAUACCUUACAUUAGGGACAUUAUGAUCUAGCUUAACCUCUAGAUCUAGCCCAGAAUCUACUGAUUUUCGUCAAGCUUCUACUGAACUUAAAGAUCUUUCAACUAGACCUUAAGAAUCUUAUAAUCUAGCUUGAGCUGAACUUCUAGAAGCUCUAGAAAUUCCAAAAUCUCAUCUAGCUCCCAAGUUAUCCCAAAUCUAGCCUACAAAAACACGCCAAAUGACCGCAGUGAACAAUUUCUUGCAUAAACCCCGCCUCUCUUUCACUUUGAUUUUUUGCUGGUUCACUGGACUUCGAAGAUCAUGAUUCUUGCAAAAGAUCAGCUAGACCAUCAAAACAGACAGUAGUUCGAAGGGAAUUUUCCGGCCCCCAGAAAACAGAUCAGAAGAUCUCAUCAAUUUAUCAAUCCAUUGUACCUUUCAGUAGAUUUCAAACAAGUUAGCCUAACUCCUUUGAAGCCUAAGCCUAAGUCUAAGCAUGGACUAAAGCCCAAAGUGAUAAAUCAAAAAGUUUCCAAAGUUUGGUACCUAUGAUCUUUAUCUCUCUUUCUCUGCGUCUCUUUCUCUCUGUUUAGAGAAAACAACAAACAAUGUGUUGGUUCUGUGUUGAUAAGACGGAAAAAAGAAGAUCUGUGUUUUUGUGGUCGAUGAUGGGUUACUGUAGGGAAAUGGAGUUAGAAGAACUUGAAUUGGACAAGUUUUUCACGCUGAAAACAGUGGAAAUUCUUAAAAUGAGCAAUUCCAGCAUUUUCAGCGCGAAAAAUUGAUAUAGAAAUAUUUUUGCAAAAAUAUGUGCCCCCCCCCCCCUGAAAAUAAUGGUCAAACCUUCAGUACACUAAAUCUUUAGGCUGAAAGUUCCUAGAUCAAUUUUUUAUGCUGAAAACGCUGGAAAUGCCUAAAAUGAGCAAUUCCAGCAUUUGCAGCUCGAAAAAUUGAUCUAGAAACUUUUUUUUGUAGCCAGAAGGAAUUUCCACUUUUUCAGGGGGGUCACAUAUUUUUCGCAAAAAUAUUUCUAGAUCAAUUUUUCUUGCUGAAAAUGCUCAUUUCUAGCAAUUCCAGCAUUUUCAGCGCGAAGAAUUGAUCUAGAAAUAUUUUUGCAAAAAUAUGUGACCCCCCUGAAAAUAGUGGUCAAACCUUCUGUAUCGUUGGACAGAAAGUUUCUAGAUCAAUUUUUCUCGCAGAAAACGCUGUAAUCACUAAAAUUGAGCAAUUCCAGCGUUUUCAGCUCGAAAGAUUGAUCUAGAACGUUUUCUGGCUAGAAGUUCGAGCCCUCUUCCUUCUGAGUCGAGCCCCCUUGCUCAGGGGGCAAUAUUUUCCACACAAAAAGUUCUUGACCAAUUUUCCACGCAGAAAACGCUGGAAUUGCUUAAAAUUAGCAAUUCCAGCGUUUCUAGCUGGGGAAAUUGAUCCAGAAACUUUGUGGUUCGAGGUACUCAUUCUUCAUGCAGAACAAAAAUUUCUAGAUCAAGAACCUCCUCCGAAUCCCAUGCUUCUCUAGUUCAAUCACAACUCCAGCACAAUCAGCACAGAACAUCCAUUGAACGCCUAAACUUUAGUCCAAAUACGUAGCUGUAUAUGAUCUGAACCCUUUGGUUUUAUUUUUGCGCGCGCGAAGAAGUUCGGUUCAGCGUUGAUCACAUGUGCGUUCCCAAAUCCCGCCCACCUCUUCUCACAUUUCACUUAUCAUUCAUUCCUUAUAUAUAUAAUAGGGUAUUUUCCCAUACAGAAACUUCAACAAUCAAAAAUGGGCUGUUGGGGAAACUACUAUCGCCUUCUGGUGCUUGUCGUCGGCUUCGUUUGCCUCUCCUCAGUAUGCUCGAAUUACAUUGUCAUCAAUUUCACACUAAUCUGUAUGAAGAACGAUUUCACCAAUGCAAUUCAAGACGCUAAUGGUACACUUCAUAGUAUCUAUGAUUACACGGCAAGUGAGAAGAAAUGGAUCAUGUGGUCAGUUGCAUUGGGAACAAUUCUUGGUACCAUCCCAAUCAACCUUCUCUACAUCAAAUUCGGUGCUCGCUACCCAUUCUUUGUCGCCGGUAUGACUUCAGUUAUCUCAACCGCAUUGAUUCCAUGGGCCGCCUCAUUCAAUUUCUACGUCCUUCUCCUUCUUCGCUUCAUGCAAGGUCUCGCAUACUCCGCCGAUUUCGCCGCAAUCGGUUUAAUCACUGUGCGAUGGGCGCCGCUUUCGGAAACCGCGACAUUUAUCGCAGUGAUGACGUCAUUCACCGGAAUCUCAUCGGCUAUCACGAAUCCGGUAACUGGUUUGAUUUGCGAGAGUUCUUUGGGAUGGAAAUACUCGUUCUAUGGGCAUGCGCUAGUUGGUUUCAUAUUAUUUGUGAUUUGGACGAUUAUUUAUGUCGAUCAUCCACAGGAUACGCAAAGAGUUUCGUCUCGCGAAUUGACUAAGAUUGAGAAGAAUAAGUCGGCUGCUCAUUUGGACAAGAAAGCUAAGGUUCCAUAUGCGGUGAGUUUUUUGGGUGAUUUCUUCUUUAAAUUCUGGUCCUGGGGGGAAUUUCUACGGAAAAUUCGAUUAUUCCGAGUCUUAGAGCGAUAUUCAUCCUCCCAGUUUGAAAAAAAAAUCGAAUUUUUCAUGAAAAAUUGGCUUCUGGGAUAGUUUUUGAAGUCCUAGAGGUGGGAAACCGGAUUUUUUCAUGAUUAUUACCUCUUGACGAUAUUUCAACGGUCCUAGACGGAAAAAAUCGAUUUUUUCAUGCAAAACUAGGCCUGGAAAAGCUUUUUGGGGGCCUAAAGCUGAAAAAAGCAAGAAUGAAAUGCGUCAGUCAAUUCGCUCUUGACGCAUUCUGUGUGCAUCUAAAAAAUCAAUUUUCCCAUCUUCCAGAAACUCCUCACAAGUCCAGUCAUCUGGUGUGUCUGGUUCAAUGCCUUUUUCGAAAUGUCGGCCGUCAUCAUCUUCUCCACAUAUACACCAAUCUACUUCCACGAAGUUUUGAAAUUCAACGUGACCGAGACUGGCUUCUACGUAGCAUUGGUGUUGUUCUUGUGGAUUCCGGUUCGAUAUGUCACAGCUAUUAUGAGUGAUAAGAUCAAGUAAGUUGUUUUUCUCUUCACUUUUUUCAACACCUUCGGUUAUCAAUCAGUCUUGUGAGAGAGAGAGAAAUGUUGAUCUUGGGUUCAAAUUUUUGGUUAUUUAUGAGUGUAAUAAUGAUCAUAUGGGUUACUUUUUUCGUAUUUGAGAAACUAAACAGUGAUUUUUUGGAAGAAAUUCGGGUGUAGAACCUUAAAAUAUCGAUUUUUGAUGAUUUUCCGCGGUUUCUAUUGUCUAGAAACCCGAAUUUUCGUUAAACAUAGCCUAGAAACCCAAAAUCACUCUUGUCAUAGUAAAAAAACGUUUCCUGGGACUGGGUCCGCAAACACCGUGUCGUAAAAAUGCACAGAAAACUUGCUGGCGACUUGCCAAGCGUUUCAUAGGCCUGCAAAUGUCAGUAGAGCCUUCCACGUAGCAAUAGAACCUUGCCACGUGUCAUUAAAAGCUUCCACGUGUCAGUAGAACUUUCCACGUGACAAUAGGAGCUUCCACGUGGCAAUAUAACCUUGUCACGUGUCAGUAGAGCCUUCACGUGGCUAUAGAACCUUGCCACGUGUCAUUAAAAGCUUCCACGUGUCACGAGAACUUACCACGUCUCGCUAGAAGCUUACACGUGUCAUUAACACUUUCCAUGUGUCAGUAGAACUUUCCACGUGUCACAAAAACCAUUGCGUGACGCGUUGCGUGUGUGCGAAGCGUGUGAUUCAACCAAAUCAACUCUGUUUCUUCUUACAGAGGCAUCAACGAAUUGCUCAAAAUCAUGAUCUUCAACACAAUUGCCGUCGGUUGCUCCGGCGCCCUUUUCGCCGCCAUCGGCUUCAUCCCAAUGGAACAUCGCUACGUCUCGCUGACGGUCUUCAUCCUCGUAAUGUGUUGCGUCGGCGUCAACUCGGGCGGUUUCUACAAAUGCGGUGUUCUUCACGCUCGUCAAUUCUCACACGUCGUCAUCGCCGCAAUUCAAUGGAUGAAAUGUUUGGCCUUGUUCUCCGCUCCAACUCUUGUCGCAAUUUUCGUCGCUGACGAAUCUGAUCGUGGACAAUGGUUCUGGGUAUUUAUGGUUUUGGGAGCUGCGAUGGUUGUGAUCAAUUUCAUCUCGUAUUUCAUGUUCACAAUUGAGGCUGCACCAUGGACUGAACCAGAUUGGAAGGAAAAACAACAACAAAAUCGGGUGGCUGAUUUGAAUUUGAGCAAAUGUUGA